AUGGGUUCGCAGCCAGGAUCCGCCCAAUUACCGCCCGAUCCUCAGCAAGUUGAUGCGGGGAGAUGCCAUGGCCAAUGUGAGGCCCUAGAUGCGGGAUCGUAUACAGCUCAGCAACUGCGCCAUGCUUCUGCGGAGCACUUGCAUAAGACAACCAGACGUUUCUUCAUCGGGCCAAUUCCUGAAGGUUGGCUGAACAGUCAUCGCAAGUCAUGGUAUCGAAUGGGUCUGUCUUUCAAGAAUUACUCGUCGCGAAGAGCAACGUUCUCUGCGGAUCUUUCAUCUGGCGAACAGAGACUGGGUUCUUUACAGGAUGAAGCUUCAUUGGCAGCUAUCCAACAGCGCAGCUUUCCUAUACUUGAUGUUAUAGAAUCUGAAGAGACCGGACCAGACGAAACCCAAGAUGCAUCCAGAGUACCCACUCAGGACCUACAACAACUAGCAACCGGGGCCGGGAUCACCGACACAUCUACUCCAAUGAACAACAUAUCCCAAUCUGAAGAAUGUGUCAUCACAUCUAGCAAUGAUGAGCCGACAGAGUCUUCUGGGCCUGCUCAUGUCUCCUCACCUGCUCAAAGUGCUCCUGAUUCAGAUGUUAGCGCUGAGGAUGCACGGAAUGGUGAGAAUGCCAACAUCAACAGCACUGGUCGCCAUGGCAAUCUCGAUGCCACUGCGCGCUUGCUACCUCAUAAUGGUUCAGACAAUAAGCUGAAAUCAAAUGGCCGCCCCUCUGCGCGUCAAAGACUGAGCCCGGUGCCGUCAGUAAGCGAUGCGAAUUCAUCAACGUCCCUGCUGGGUCAUCAUGAGCGGCCUCGCCCGACAACAAACAAUUCCGAAGAACCACCGCGCUCUCUGCAACAACAAAUGCCGCAGGUUGAUGAGACCUGUGAAGAUCCUAGGGCUGACCAGUGGCUUCUGAGUCCAAUAUCGAACAGACUAGCCCGAUUUAACCUGGAUGACAACGUAUUGAACAAACAGCAGCGGAUCCGUCAACGCGUGCAAGGUAUAGCCUCUAAACGACCUCGAAGAUGGAAGCCACUUGAAGGGGAAGUUAUCAAGGCAGAGAAGAUGCUAGUCCGCGUCGAACAAGCAUAUCACCGAAGUCUCCCUGAUGAUUACACUGAAAACGACGGUCAGAAAAUCGACACUCAUCUUGUUGAUAAGUGGCGUGAGUACCUUGUUGUGUGCCGCUACACUCCUCAGCAGAAGCAUGCACCGUACACCCUCCAGAUGUAUAAGACGCGCGUGGUCCCGAAAGUGCAGACAUCGAAAAUCAACAAACCAGCCCGCCACGAGGUUCCCCUGACUUUAAAGCAGACCAGGGCUAACCUGUACUCUUCUCUCGAUAAGACGCUCGUCAUCUAUCAGCCCUGCAAACACGGUACCAAAUUAUAUAUGAUACGAGCUCGAUCUGGUGCAAAUUCUGUGGAAUGGUUCGCUUUUAUCCGGCAAACUCUUGGGUGGCGUCGGCCAUCGAAGCUUCUCAUCAACGUUCCCGACCUUGAUGUGUCCCUCAUCAUCAAGGACCCUUUUGGUGCCCAUGAUAAAAGAUAUGGUUCUGAAAAUAAGGCAGAAGACCAGGGAGAACCGGCAAUGGGAACGGAAGAGGAUAUAGCCGGGAUCAUUACACACGCCUGCUUGGAGCUUCUUCAGAGCCGAACUGAAUGGUCUGAUGUCUUAAAGUCGUGGUCUGAGGUUGAAAAAAUGGGUCUUGCUUGGAAACGUUAUGAUCGAUUGGAGUGGGUGGUUGGUCCAAACGAACGUAGAAUGUUCGGCGCCAUGGGGAUGCAGAUGUAUCACGACCUUGAACUCCGACCGAAACAUCACUAUCCGACCGCCGUUAAAGGUCGCAAUGAAGAAAAGGACCAUGAGCCGCCUCCUGUGGAAGGUUUUUUAAUUCGCCUGACGUCUCAAAAGGGUGUGCAUCAGCGAUUCAAUAGGAUGUUUUUCAAAAGACUCUAUUUCUCAACUCAGGAUAACUACCUUUUCUUCUGCAAGCCGGCGAAGGCUGCGCCACCUCCGCCACCGAAAUUGCCUGCCUUGAGGGAUGGCAAUAUACCCUCAUCUUCGGAGAUCGUACAGAAAAUGCCGAUUCAGUUCGAUAUCGACCCUUAUCCGAUCGAAAACGGAGAUAUUGCGUGGUUGUCCGGUGGUAAUAAGGACUAUGUUCGAGACCAUGACCAAGAAGCAUAUGCGCAUGUGCGACGAAAUCUGCACAAUCUAAGUCAGGCUGAUGGUUUCAUAAACUUGUGCAGGGUAAGGGAAGUGAGAUAUGUUCAGCGCGGCAGCUCUCCUGCUGACGCAAACGUGGGCGAGGGACCAGACAUUGAGUUUCACCAGGAGGUCAGGGAUACGCGUAGAGACGACGGCGCGACAAGUCAAUUCGACAGCGAUAGAACUUUCGAGUUGUUACUGAACAAUGGUCUUGUAGUUCGACUGCAAGCCUACGACAACCAUACGAGGGACGAAUGGAUGAAACGUUUGGAUGCAUUGGUCCGGUAUUGGAAAGCACGCACCGCCGCAGAUACGGCCGAAAUCAAAGCACUACGGCGUCAGAACCUCGAACUGCUUGGCAUUGACGAAGAAAUGGAGUCUAUGCUGGGACAGUUCGCACAGAAGUGGGAGGUCAGGAGGGCGCAGGCGUCCCCGCAUCUCUAUAACUUGUGUGCUUUGAUAGGGUGUCGAGCAAUAAAGAUGUCCGGACCAUUGUAUCGUAAACCACGCCGUCACUCGACCUUUACCCGCUGUAAUGUGAUCCUCUCAGAUGGAAAAUUAAUGAUCUUCAAGAGCACGCUGCGAAGAAGUACUGGUGUCGAAAUACCCCAUAUACAUCAGGAGCUUGACACUACUCUCGACCUCAGCGACUGUUACAUCUAUGCCGGCCUAUUGACCGAGUCGGAUCUUCUUUACGCGAACCAGACGUUUGACAACAACCGUCCUGGUCGCCAUCCAUUGCCACGCAUCUAUCUUUCGACAGAUGGCUUCACAACUUGCGAUGAGGACACCGCGGUCUGCUUCGUGAUAUGGCAUCCACUCCGCAAGGACCUUUUCCGCACAUCUGAGGUCCAGCAAGGAGGACAUGCACGGCGGCGAUUGCGACAGGUCUCCAUGUUGGGUGUUCCUGGUCGGUCAAUAGUAUUCAAAGCACGAAGUCGAGUGGAGAGAGACCGAUGGGUGCUGAGUAUCGAAUCAGAGAUGGAUCGGUUACAAGACGAGCGGCUGGAGGACGUCCGUAUCGUUUCCGAUUCUUGA